AUGGCAUUUAGAAGUCCACUCCUGCGCACAACGCUUCAAUUCCGCUGCCGUUCCGCACCCGCCGCUAUCACCACAAUUCCAACGGCAACUCGGCACCUAGCAACCACAUCCCCCCUACCACCCAGCAACGGUGGAAAAAAGCGCCAGCCAACAACCUUCACGGACAAACUCAAUGUGGGCCCCUCCUUCUCAGACUUUGUCACGAGCGGCACAGCCCCAAUCACGAAUGCCGAGGAAGCGCUAGAACUCGACUCGGCCGUCGACACCGUGGGCAGCAAACCCCAAGCCUUCGACAAGUACGGAAACCCAAUCACCCGCCUGCCAACCUGGCUCAAGACUCCAAUCCCCACGGGCGCCAACUUCACGCGCAUAAAGUCCGACCUGCGCGGCCUUGGUCUGCACACCGUCUGCGAGGAGGCGCGCUGUCCAAACAUCUCCACGUGCUGGGGCGGGACGGACAAGUCCUCCGCCACCGCCACGAUAAUGCUCAUGGGCGACACCUGCACGCGCGGCUGUCGCUUCUGCUCCGUCAAGACCUCCCGCACGCCCGCACCCCUGGACCCGCACGAGCCGGAGCACACGGCCGAGGCUCUGCGGCGGUGGGGCCUCGGAUACGUGGUUCUGACAUCUGUCGAUCGGGACGACCUGCCGGAUGGGGGCGCCGCGCACUUCGCCGAGACCAUCACCAAGAUCAAGCAGCGGGCGGGGCACAUUCUCGUCGAGGCGCUCACGGGCGACUUCAUGGGGGACCUGGACUGCGUGAGGAGAGUCGCUGAGAGCGGGUUGGAUGUGUACGCUCAUAACGUGGAGACGGUGGAGGGGCUGACGCCCUACGUGCGCGAUCGGAGGGCAACCUUCAGGCAGAGCUUGAAAGUGCUCGAAGCCGCGAAGGCCGCUCGCGAGGGGCUGAUCACAAAGACCAGUAUCAUGCUCGGUUUGGGCGAGAAGCAGGAGGAGGUUCUCGACACUCUGAGAGGUUCCCCACCCCGUACCACCCACUUCUUAGGAUAUACAGGAACGGCCAACUGAUAAUCCAUGCCAGAACUCCGAAAAAUAAACGUCGAUGUCGUAACCUUCGGCCAGUACAUGCGUCCCACAAAGCGUCACAUGAAGGUUGCAGAGUACAUCACACCGGAAACCUUCGACAUGUGGAGGGUCAAAGCGCUGGAUAUGGGCUUCCUAUACGUCGCCAGUGGCCCGCUGGUCCGCAGCAGUUACAAAGCCGGCGAAGCCUUCAUCGAGAACGUGCUCAAGAAGAGAGCCGCCGGGAAGAAGGCCACGGCUCUCGCAUCGGCGCCGGGAGGCGAACUGGAUAAGCUUUCGACGGAAUGAAAAUGAUCGAGAUGAAAGUGUUUUUGUUUUUUGAGUAACUUAGAUUUCUUCCUGUACUUUCUGUUUCAACGGUGUCACGCUGGUCCAAUACUACUAGAUCUCGGGACAAAGGCGUGGUUGGGCCUCCUUCCCUAUUGUAAUUCUCUCCUAGGAGGGAAAAAAGA